AUGGAUGAUUAUGAGAAAAUAGCCGUAGUAGGUCGUGGUGCGCACGGAGUGUGUUGGUUAUGCCGCAGGAAGGAUGACGUUUUCAGACAGAAGGUGAUCGUGAAGACUGUCUCUUUGGAUGGCUUGACGCCUGAUGAGGAAACGGCCAUUAUGGGUGAAGUGACACUCUUACAACGAUUACAUCAUCCACACAUCAUCGGAUAUUAUGAGUCGUUUAAGACCGAGAACGUUCUGUCGAUAGUGAUGCAAUACGCCGAGGGCGGUACGAUGGAUAAGAUGAUUUCAGAUCAAAAAGGGGUGUUCUUCACCGAGCCGCAAGUGCUCAACUAUUUCACGCAGGUGUCAAUUGGAUUGGAAUAUAUGCACUCAAAGCAGAUUCUGCAUCGUGAUUUGAAAACGCAAAAUAUUUUACUGAAUAAAAAACGGACAAUUGUGAAACUGAGUGAUUUCGGCAUUAGUAAAGAGCUGAGCACGAGAAGCUUGGCGUCAACUGUUGUCGGAACACCCAACUACCUUUCGCCAGAAAUUUGUGAAGGUAUAUUCCAAACAAAUUGA